UAACUGGAGGAGGAUCUGAGGAGAAGUCGCCAAAUAUUGUGUUGAACGUUGGGGUUAAGUGCGUCUCCCAUUCCCGUUUGCCAUUAUGGGAGGGAUGGAUCGGCAGCGGAGGGUAUCCCUGGCUCUUACCUUGAACUUCCUCGCGCUGAUUCUAGCCGUGUCCGCGUUGACAACCAGCUACUGGUGCGAGGGGACACGGAAAGUUGCAAAACCUUUCUGUACCGGACCGGUCACCACGAAACAGUCGUUCUGUAUCAGGUUCAACAGCUCGAACAUCAACGACAGCAGACUGGUCCAGUACAUCUGGGAGUCCGGCGAGGACAAGUACAUUAUGAGGAAGUUCCACACCGGGAUCUGGUUUUCGUGCGAGGAGAACGUCAAUCUGACAGGUGAAAUCUGCAGAAGUUUCAUUUAUGUCACACCCUCACAUGAAAGAGGAGUGCUGUGGCUGUGUAUCGUGUCAGAAUGUCUGUAUAUUCUCCUCCUGGCCACCGGAGGCAUCCUCAUGUCCAUAGAGGCGUGUCACUUAGGAAACGUCAUCGACGGCCUCAAACUCAACGCCUUCGCUGCCAUAUUCACUGUCCUGUCAGGUCUACUCGGCAUGGUUGCCCACAUGAUGUUCACUACAGCCUUCCAGCUGACAGUCAGUGUGGGGCCAGAGGACUGGAAGCCUCAGACAUGGGACUACAGCUGGUCAUACAUCCUGGCGUGGAGCUCGUUCACAGCUUGCAUGGCCUCCUCAGUAACCAUCAUCAACCGCUACACCAAGACCAUCCUGGAAUUCAAACACAAGCGCAGAAACAUCGAGAAGAACCUGAAGAUCAAGCAGAAGCUUCUGGAGCUGGAUACUGGACCAGGGGUUGGGGUGGGACACGUUGGACAUGUGGAACAGGUGUGGGACAUGUACAUCAGCUCAGUACCCAGCUCAGGCUGCACAGCAGAGGAAUUGCUGGACUUGUCCAGUAAUGGAAGGAAGCUGUCCAAUGCUUCAGUGUUUCUGGACCUGAAUGACCUGCCGGAUCCACAAAGAGAGGAGUACUGCUGAGGAGGGAACUAUAGGAGACUGAUCAAGGCACGCACAAGUACACAUAUACACACAAACAAAAACACAUACACACAAAUGACUGCCACCCAAUUUACAAACCAAAUAGCAACUGUGACUUCGUGUUAGAGGAAAUCCAACUCCAAGUUUCCCUGAUGUUCCAAGCCGAGGUAGAGAUGGGUUGAGGAUGAGAGAAAUGGAUAGCAGAGGAUGCAGUAAUAAAUGGUAGAAAUGGAAAGGCAGAGAGGAGAAAUGGAUAGAGGAGAGAUGGAUAAAGGAUGAUUUCAGGAAAAUAUAUAUAUAAGUGUGUGUGUGUGUGUGUGUGUGUGUG